CCGCAACUUAUAAUUAGGGACGUAAAUGCAUAUGUCAACUGACAUACACGCUGGGACGUAACAAUCGUAUCAAUCAGACUGAGAUUUCAAAAAGUAAUUAAUAACUGCACAAUUAACUAAUCCUUGGUGUUAUUGACAUGAUUUUAUGCGAGCAUUUUGCGAAAUGGUGGUUAUUUGACAGUAAAGCCCAUCUAAAUACUUCGCAUUUGAGGCGUGCAAUAACAAUAAAUUUUUAAAAAACAUAGAGGAUGCGUUUGCGCAUGUGCACAGCUAGUAUUAGAACAUCGGGCAUAAUUAAAAUUUUAAUAAUUGAUUAUAAAUAUAAAAACAAACAAACAAGCUAUUUUUGGUGGGAUAUGAACAAAUAAAUCAAGAUAAAUGGAAAAAAAAAUAAAAAGUAAUUAAAAUACGUAUAGUGUAUAGUCAUCGCUAACUUCAAAUAAAUUUUUAAUAAUUUAAUUCUAAAAAAAUAAAAAACAAACAAUUAUUUAUAGCGAACAUUAAAGAACAAACGACAAUCAAACGAAUCGUUAAAAAAGAAAUUUGCAAAAAAUCGAAUUCCUUUCGCCAACUUAAGAGAGCUGAGUUGCAACUUAUGGCACUACAACUGUGAAAUGCUAUAGGAUGUGGCUCUUAUUUACUUUAUAUAAUUCAAGUAUCAAUUAAAAAAAAAAAAAUAUAUAGACUGUAAUUGCGUGUUAUGCACAUAUUUAUUACUAAUAUUAACUUGAAUUAAUUUUGUUACCAUGUGAUUGUUUUAAAAAUUUAAUAACAAUAAUUUUUUUCAUUCGUCCUGUAUCAAAAACCAAUUUUUUAGUAUGAAUUUUAUGCAAUUUCAUCGAAAUAAUUUUCAUCAUAUUUUAUUGAAGGCGAAAAAUAAUUUGAUAAACAUAAAAAAUGCUACAUAUAUAAGAUUGGCAGAGGUAGGAAAAUUAGAAACCCCAAAAUUGCAAGGAAAAUAUGAAACUGGGCAAUUAAUAUUGCAUCGAGUAUUUGGAUAUCGUGGAGUUAUUUUGUUUCCAUGGCUUGCUCGAGUUUAUGAUCGAGAUUUACCCAGUAAAAAGAAUGGAAAUGAGGAAACAAAUCCAAAUAGUGUAGGUAAAGAAGUAAACGGAAGAACCCAUACAUUUUAUCAAGUUCUAAUCGAUCAACGCGAUUGUCCCUUUAUUAGAGCGCAAACUGAAGCCGUAACAUUUUUGGGAAAUAAUGAAAGUAGUCGAAGUUUAUACGCGAUCCCCGGGCUUGACUAUGUUGCACAUGAAGACAUUUUACCUUAUUCAACAAACGACAAAACAGCUUUACAGCAUGAACUUUUUGAUAAAUUUUUAACAUUCAAUCCUGAUAAUGAUCCACCUUUUAUUGCACAAGAAACACUUCGAGCUUGGCAAGAAAAAAAUCAUCCAUGGCUUGAGUUAUCAGAUGUUCACAAAGAAAUGACUGAAAACAUUCGUGUGACUGUAAUUCCGUUUUAUAUGGGAUGCAGAGAAACACAAACUACUUCCGUUUAUUGGUGGCGUUACUGCAUUAGACUUGAAAAUUUGGGUGAUCUUAGUGUACAAUUACGAGAACGUCAUUGGAGAAUAUUUAGUUUAUCUGGCACAUUGGAAACCGUAAGGGGUCGUGGAGUUGUUGGACAAGAACCAGUAUUGUCAAAAACAUUACCGGCUUUUCAAUAUAGUAGCCAUGUCAGUUUACAAGCACCUAGCGGCCAUAUGUGGGGAACAUUUAGAAUGGAAAGAGAAGACGGAUAUACUUUUGACUGCCGAAUACCUCCAUUUUCGCUAGAGUCUAAAGUCGAUGAAUCAUCGCCCAACGCCGAAUUAUGAGAUUCGGAUUACCAUUAAACGGGUUUCAGUUCAUUGAUAAUUAUUGCUUCUACAAAUUGAACUGAGAAACAAAUAUUGUAAAAGUAUGUACGUUAAAUCAUAUGUUCGUCUUAUUUUCAUGUAAAUGAGUGUAUUUGGAAUAUCUGUCAUAUUUUUUCUGAAUAAUAUUUCCACCAACUAUAUUAAUUUGAUAAGUUUACAUUAAAAUAUAAAAGAAUGUAGGAAGUGUUCUUAUAAAUACUUUGAGUAAAUUUAUCAGAUAAAAUAUGAAGUUGAGUAUAAAUAACUAAUACUUAUCUUGUAAAAAUGCGUAGAUAAAACAAAGUGAGAACAACUUGAAAUAGAAAAAAAAAACAUAUGUUAUAAUGUAAACAAGUAUGGCGUAAAAACAGUCUUUUACAGUUAUAUGUUAGAAAGACCAGAAAAUAUUUUUUUUUUUAUUUUAAUUUGCACCCUUUUCUCUGAAAUGGAAUUGCUAAAAUUUUAUAAAAUAUGCAUUAGAAUCAUAUAAGGAGUUAGGUGUUAAAAUAACUUGGCCAAAUGAGUUGAUUCUUUGAAUUCUGACAGAUCUAUGCUUUAGACCUAAAAAUAUAGAAUUAUGCCUAUGUUAAUUAUAUGUGUAAUUGUUGUAUAUUAUUUUAUUACAUUUGUAUAUAGAUUUCGUACUUUUCCAAUAAGCAUAUUAGAGUUAUCCUCUAAAUAAAAUCCUCUGAAUAAAAAUAUAUGAUUAAAUUUAGGUUAGUUAAUGAUCGAAAAAAAAAUGAGGCCCAAUUUCUUAUUGGUUAUUUUUGAAUUUACAUCUGGGCAUUGGUCAUCCAUCAACUUGGAGGUACUUGUGCUAUAGGACAUGGCUAACCUACUAAAUUUGAUCAUAACCUUAAGGGGACUAUUGUCCUUGAUUCAAAAUGAAUUGAUUCCCUGCAUCUUAAUCUUUGUAAAUAAUAUAAUACAUUCAUCUAUAAAAAUGCAAGUCAAUAAUAAAUUUAAGAAACGUUUUCACUAAAGUUUAGUUCAUAUGAUGUAAUUUAUGAAUAAAAUUGAAUAAUAUAUUUUA